AUGACUACCGACUACAGCAAGAAGACCAACGCCGAGCUGGUGGAGAUCCUCAAGUCUCGCUCGCUUCCGCACACUGGCAAGAAGGCGGAGCUGGUUUCGCGCAUCCAGGACGAUGAUGCGAAGACCCAACCUGCCGAGUCUGCGCCGGCCGCUAAAGCCGAUGCGGAGGACGUGAUCGACUGGGAGGAUGACGACGAGCCCGCUGCCGAUGCGGCCGCGAAGCCCACCACCGAGGCCGGCGCUGCGACCAUCGCUGCUGGUGGUAAGGGCCCGGUAUCGAACCCUGUCGCCGUCCCCAACCAGAAACAGGACAUCGAUCCCGCUACUACCGAUGAUCUGAAGGUCGAAUCCCAGGGCGAACCCAAGGGUGAUGCUCCUGCGCAGGAAGGCACCGAGGCAGAGCCCGCCGACUCAUCCGAGACCGCUCAACCUGCGGAGGAAAAGCCGGUCGUCGACUACUCCAUUGGCCUUGCUACUACGGAAUUGGAGGAGGAGCUGAAGAAGCGCAAGGCUCGCGCGGAGAAAUUCGGUAUUACGGAGGAGACGAAGGCCGCCGUCGCCGAUGCAGAGAAGAAACUCGAGCGGGCUAAGCGCUUCGGUACUGAAGGCGGGGAUAAGGCGGGUGCUGGAGUCGAGAAGUUGGAUGUAGCGCUCCCUAGCGAGAACCCCCGCAAGAGGGAUCGCGCCGAGAACGACCAGGGAGAGCGCGGAGACAGGAAGCGUCACUUUGGCGGCCGGGGCCACUUCCGGGGUCGCGGUCAUUUCCACGGCCGUGGAGGCCGCGGUGGACGUGGUCCUGGUCGCGGCGGGCGAGGUGGUCGUGGUCGCGGUGGUCGCGGAUCUGACAACCACCGGGGACAAAGACCUCACCCAAACAACGCCAGCGGGUUGAGUGAAAAGGACAAAGCCGCCAUGGAAGCGAGAAAGAAGCGCUUCGCCACCGAGUAA